UACGCCGAUUAAUUGACGUACCAAAUCGUCCUUCUCUAAUCUCUCUCUCUCCGCGGGGCGAUCUUUCUUUCAAAAGCGGAGAUCGACGAACCGGAUCUCUCUGCGAUUGCGAUGGAGGAUUGCGAUCGCCGUGCUUUUCUUCACCGACGAACGAAUCGAAUCGGCGUCAAUGCGGAGGCGGCAGCGGCGGCGGAUAGGUUUCCGGCGUGGAGCGUACCGGAGACGAAGGAACUGCUAGCGAUAAGAGCGGCGCUGGAUAGAAGGUUCUCGGAAAUGAAACAGAACAGAAUGCUUUGGAUUUCGGUCGCCGGUAAGAUGAAGGCGAAAGGCUUUAAUCGGAACGACGAGCAGUGCAAGUGCAAGUGGAAAAAUCUCGUCACGCGCUAUAAGGGGUGUGAAACUAUGGAUCCUAAAGCUCUAAAGCAACAAUUUCCAUUUUACGACGACCUCCACACCAUUUUCACCGCAAGGAUGCAAAAGAAUUGGUGGAUCGAACCCGAAAACCGAGCAAAAGACUCGAAAAGGAAAGCCAUGACGGAGCGAUUGUCUAGCGAGGACCCGAAAAGGGGAAAAAGGAGGAGAGAAGAAGAUGAGAGAAGCAAUUUGAAGGAAAUAAUGAAGGGGUUUGUGGAGAGAGAGAAGGAAAUGGAGAGGCAAUGGAGAGAAGCGUUUAGGGUUAGAGAGGAAGAGAGAAGGUUGAAGGAGAAGGAAUGGAGGAUGAAAAUGGAAGGUCUAGAGAGAGAGAAGAUGAUGACGUGGAUAAUGUGGAGAGAGAAAGAUGAUGAGAGGAGAGAGAGAGAGGAAGCAAGGGCUUUGAACACUCAUGCUUUCAUCUAUGCUUUGUUGAGUAGCUUCACUUAAUUAAUUACCAUAUU